AAUACUGGCUGGGAUGCAUUUGUGAGAGGAACUCGCUUGGAUGUAGGAAAUGUCUGCGUGUUCGAGCUAAUUGAUAGGGAUGAUGUUGUGUUCAGAGUCUACAUUUUCAGUAGUGCAGUUAGGUACAAACGGUCUAAAUGCAUAGUGAACCAUUUUGAGCCAGUAUUUCGUGAUCCUACUCCUCCGAGGCCUCUUUCUACUCCUGAAUUAGCCAGAGAAUUUGAUUUGGAACAUCCUUUCUUCAAACUGGUGAUACGGCAAUUGGUUGUUCAAACAUGUACGCAUUUGCAGAGUGUUCCCGAUCGAUUCAUCAGGCAACAUAUUCAAGAAAACAAGGGAACGGCAACUCUUAGGUAUUCAGACAGAUUGUGGCUGGUGAAGUUCUUAAGAUAUAAGAAUGGAAAGGGAGCAUUGUUCUCUGCUGGUUGGAUUGCAUUUGCAAGAGAAACUCAUUUGUGUGUGGGAAAUGUCUGCGCGUUUGAGCUCAUUGAUAGGGAAGAUAAUGUGUUCAAAGUCUCCAUCUUCAGAUAAUGCUGUUCGCAACAUCGAUAUAAAUCCAGGACGCCUAAUUAUACCUCCUUCAUCCAGCAAUGGCGAAUCGAUGAAAAGGAGACUCCUUUUUUGUUCGUGUUUUCUUGCUUUUUGGUAGUAGUUUGGGUUCUAUAGUUCCAUAUUUUGGGAAGAAUCCCUCAGA